AUGGGUGCCAUAAUUUCCGUCGGAGUGAUCUGCUACGGCAUCAUAGGGUUGGCACUACUCACAUUUUGGCUCAUUUCACGAAAGCGAGAACCGCGUACAUCAGUUAGCUCGAAUACUGCCAACAUAGCAGAACCUAUAAUCAUGUCGCAACGACAGAGCAGUCCCUUUUCGCUAGCAGAAUUUAGACCGGCAACUUUGCGCACCACAGAGGCGGGAGUUAUCAUAACGUCAGCCUUACUCGCCAUGACAGCAACAGCUUGCCAAGAAGGGUUCAUGAGGCAUUCUAUAGAGUUAACAUGUUCCGAAAUUAACCGUUGCCAUUAUGAGUUCAGACGAGAAAUACUGUUUAACAAAGUGCAGGCUACUUUAUGUAUACAGCUGAGGCAUCAAAAUGCAAGCAUCGGCUACAUAAAAGUGCAUCGCGUAUCCGAACACCUUGAAUGUCAAAAAAUAUCGCAUUUCUGGACGAAAGAGACGUACACACAGGUACAGCAGGUGACACGAUGCCGCGGCAUGGGCUCCUGUUACGAGGACAAAUGCGAAUCAUUGAGUCCGUCCGAAAUCGUCCCUGAGUUGAAUUCAACUGCUGUGUAUCCAGGCUACAGUGCGUGCUCAAUACAAUGCAGUGGAAUUAACUGCGUGUGUCCGAUUCCUAUUCGGGCCUGUACAUUCUAUCGCGUGUCGCAUGUACCCAUAUCAUCCCAGGUGUACGAAGUAUUCGAGUGCGCAGCAUGGAUACCUACGAUAAAUUUGAACGUUGACAUCAAUUUCUAUAAAGUGAAAAAGCACGGGCAACUCUCGUUGCGUCCUUAUUCCACCAAAGAAUUUGGAAAGUUCCGGUUCACCGUGAUAUCGACGCAGAUUCCACAAACCGAACUCCAUCAGAAGUUUGCUCAAACUUCCAAUGAAACUCUACUUAUCCCAAGCCAUUUCGUUUCUGCGGUAAUUUGCAAAACUCGACAUCAAGCACAAUCCGAGUUUUCAUCCUGCAACACCGCACACUUCUGCGAGUGCGAUGUAAACGGAAUCAAACCGAGUUGUCGAUGCCCGUACGACACAUUUUCAGAACUUCGUCGUAACAACGGUAAUGUUCUGCCAUUAGCAACACCGCAAAUCGAGAUCAACAGCGCUUUCGGAACAGUUGUAGCAAAAACAAAUGAGGUGGAAACAACAGUGACUGUAACAUCGGAUUCCCAGUUUGAAAGUGCCCAUUUACACGAAGACAAGCCGUGCUCAAUAAAAGUCAUGAAAAUACGAGGAUGCUACAGUUGCCGACAAGGCAGCACGGUCGGGAUAUCAUGCUUUGCCAGAUCUGACUCCUGGACAACAGUAACCUGCGCAGACAUUACGUUCCCUAUUGAAUGUGGUCCGAAUAAUAAAACCACAGAGGUAAGAAUAGCCUUUGAAAAAGCUAUAGUGGACACCACAUGCCGCACGACUUGUGGAAAACGAAAUAUCACAGUGAAGCUGAGUGGAAUCCUCAAUUAUGUCUCGGACUCGGGAGAAUCAGCAGUGCUGCUAACGAACGCGACAAGGAAGAUCCCUCAGCUGGACUGGUUCGAGGACCUCAGAUUCCCCGACCUCUCACCUUUGAAAAUGGUCCUAAUUGAACAUUGGAAGCUCACAAUAGCAGUGGCGAGUUCAUUCGCGAUCCUAGCGCUUCUUACCUACUUAUUUGGACCUAUUUUUCUUCUGGUAUUAGCGAAAUUUACAGUCUCGGUUACACUCCUAUUUAUCAACGUGGCAUGCACACUACUGAAAUCCAGUGUCUCAGCGCUGCUGAAAGGCAUACAUGGAGCACGACGGCUAAGUAAUGCCAAUCGACAAGCCUAG